AUGCCCGCGUUUCACUUGAAAGCCCCGCCGAGAAUCACGCCGUUUGGGUUCGACUCCGAGGCGUCGACAGCGGGCUCAUUGGCGCAGCUCAGCUGCAUUGUGCGGGACGGAGAUUUGCCGCUGAAGAUAACCUGGACUUUCCACGGGCAGUCGUUGAAUUCCUCCAUGGGUAUUGCCACUAUGCAAGUGGGUCCCAGGACGAAGAUCCUGACCAUUGACGCCGUGACUGCGGCGCAUUCCGGGAUCUACAGGUGCCUCGCGACGAACGCUGUCGGCGAAGAUGUGUUCUCCGCGGAUCUCAAAGUCUACGCCCCUCCGCGCAUCACGCCGUUCAUGUUCGACGAGGAAGCGUCCACAGCGGGGGCCGUGGCGCAGGUUAAUUGCAUCGUUCGGGACGGCGAUUUGCCGCUGAAAAUCACGUGGAGCUUCCACGGGCAGUCCUUGAAUUCCACGAUGGGUAUCUCCACGAUGCAAAUGGGCCCGCGAACGAAGAUCCUCAUGAUCGACGCUGUUUCGGCGGCGCAUUCCGGAGUAUACCGGUGCCUGGCCAAGAACGAAGUCGGGGAAGACGAGUUCUCUGCUCAGUUGCAAGUUUCCGGUGGGAAAAAUGUUGCGAUAUUUGGCAUCUUCACUCUGACCGAAGACGGAGUUGAUUGUAAAUCAGUCCUGCGAAUGCAAUACGAAGAUCCUGGCGUGGAGGAAACUCUGGGAAAGAAAACGUCAUUGAAAAACUGCUGUCGAGAGAACGUGACAGCCCCGCCGAAAAUCACGCCGUUUGAGUUCGAGGCCGCGGCGUCCACGGAGGGGAACGUGGCGCAAAUCGCGUGCAUUGUCCGCGAAGGCGACUUGCCGCUCAAAAUCACUUGGAGCGUCCACGGCCGGACUCUCUCUUCGCAAACUGGCAUCAUGACGACCAAACUGGGCGAGCGGACGAGUAUUUUGAUGGUCGAGGCCGUGACGGCGGCCCACGCUGGCACUUAUCGGUGCCACGCGAAAAACGCCGUCGGGGACGACGAGCACACCGCCGAGCUCAGGGUUUUCGUUCCGCCGAAAAUCGCGCCGUUCGAGUUUACGCGAGAAGCGAAGCAAGCCGGCGGGUUCACGCAGGUGAUUUGCAUGGUGUCCGACGGGGACCUGCCUGUGAACCUGCGCUGGACAUUCCAGGGCCACACCAAUGGCUCGAACGGAGUGUCCACGCUUAAACUCGGGCCUCGCAGCAGCAUGCUCACCAUCGAAGGCAUCGCUGCCGCUCAUUCCGGCACUUACACGUGCUCCGCGUCCAACGAAGUCGGCUCUGACACCCACUCGGCUAACCUCGUCGUGAACGUGCCACCGAGGAUAACUCCGUUCAGCUUUGGCACGGAGCCGUUGGAGUCGGGCAGUGUGGCGCAGGUCCAGUGCCUUGUCGACACCGGCGACCCGCCACUGUCGAUCACGUGGCACUUCCACGGCCGUAACGUGUCGUCGCAGAUGGGCAUUUCGACCGGACGAUUCGGUCAGCGCAGCAGCAUUCUGGCCAUUGAGCACAUUAUUGCUGGCCACGCUGGUGUUUACACCUGCGUCGCCAGGAAUGCCUUCGGAGAAGCGUCUUACUCCGCUGCGCUUAAUGUCAAUGAGCCCCCGAGUAUUCUGCCGUUCAGAUUCGACGAAUCCGCGCAGAACCACUUGGCGUUUGCUCAGCUUUCGUGCAUCGUGCCUCGGGGGGACUUGCCCAUGCGGAUAGUUUGGCAGAUGAACGGGGCCGGAGUGUCUGCCGAAGGCGUCUCCACGUUCAAACCAAAUAGCCGGAGCAGCGUGCUGACCAUAGAGACUGUAACUUCUCACCACCGUGGCGAAUAUUCCUGCGUGGCUACGAACCAGGCUGGUGAAGCCAGGUUCUCCAGCGUGUUGGUUGUCAAUGUGCCUCCGCGCUGGAUCGUAGAACCAAAAGACAAGGCAUUUGCUUUGGGUAGUGAUGCCCAGCUUGAGUGCAAGGCCGAUGGAUUCCCGAAACCGACUAUCUCCUGGAAAAAGGCAGCUGGACCAAGACCCGGAAAUUACCAAGAUUUGCCUCCGAAUGAUCCUCGUAUCCGUGUUGCUGAUGAUGGCACAUUGCACUUGCAUAAUAUCCAGAAAAGCAGCGAAGGGUAUUAUCUUUGUGAAGCGACUAACGAGAUUGGAGCCGGAUUGUCUGCUGUCACGUACAUCAAUGUUCAAGCUCCGCCUCAAUUUGAAAUCAAGUACCGCAAUCAAACUGCGCGACGAGGAGAAUCAGCUGUGUUGGCAUGUGAAGCCAAAGGAGAGAAGCCGAUUGGAGUGAUGUGGAACUUUAACGAUAAGCGUAUCGACCCUAAAUUGAAUCCGAGGUACACUGUUCGAUCUGAAGUCAUUUCAAGCGGGGCAAAAUCUGAUUUGAGCAUCAAGAAGACAGAUCGCACGGAUUCCGGCUUGUUCAGCUGCCGUGCGACCAAUGCUUUCGGCAGCGAUGAGACGUCGAUCAACUUGAUCGUUCAAGAGCGCCCGGAAGUCCCGUACAGCAUCAAAGUUACUGACAAAGAUGGACGAUCCGUGAAACUGCAGUGGAACGCUCCUUACGAUGGGAAUUCUCCUCUCACGCGAUACUCGAUUGAGUACAGGACUUCAAAACGAACAUGGGAAGAUGUGAACGAGCGAGUGGAAAUCCCUGGAGAUCAGACGAGAGCUGGUGUGUUCAACUUGCGACCAGCAACCACUUAUUUCCUGAGGAUCUUUGCCGAGAACGAAGUCGGAAUUUCCGAUGCCUCAGACGUGGUCACGAUUAUCACCGCAGAAGAAGCCCCGAGUGCCCCGCCAGAGAAGGUGAAGUUGGAAGGGGUCGAUGAACACACGAUUCAAGUAACUUGGCAGCCACCUCCGCGAGAUGAAUGGAACGGAGAUAUUCAAGGAUACUACAUUGGAUACAAGUUGACUGACUCCCAAGAUCCGUAUCUGUUCGAGACAGUCGAAUACUCACACGAGCGCAACAGGGAGCAUCAUUUACAACUCUCGAAUCUCAAGACAUUCACGGCUUAUUCAGUGGUGGUUCAAGCGUACAAUCAGAUCGGCUCGGGACCUAUGUCUGAUGUUGUGGAAACUUUUACUGCCGAAGGAGCUCCUUCAGCAUCACCGCAGAGCGUAACGUGCACUGGACUUACAUCGCAAACGAUUCGUGUGACUUGGGAUCCUCCUCCACAAGACUCGACAAAUGGCAACAUCAAGGGAUACAAAGUGUUCUACGGCCCCUCCGAGACUUGGUAUGACGACAAAACUAAGGAAGUGCGGAACACUCCAGUACAGGAGAAUGCCUCACCCCAACAAACAAUACUCAACGGUCUUCGGAAGUACACGAAUUAUUCAAUUCAAGUACUUGCGUAUACUGGCGGUGGUGACGGAGUUCGUUCGGAUUUCGUCUCAUGUGUCACUGGCCAGGAUGUGCCGAAUGCGCCUCAGAGUAUCAAAGCCAUGAUCAUGAGUGGAGACAGCAUUCUGAUCAGCUGGAAUCAGCCCUCGGAGCCCAAUGGCGUAAUCACUCAAUAUACCGUUUACAUUAAGGAGGAGAAAAAUUCCAAAGAUAAGGGAAAGAAGCAACGAGUUCCUGCAUUCCAGCGCGAAUAUGAAGCUAGCAGCCUGAAGCCGAACGUUCAAUAUGAAUUUUGGGUAACAGCUUCAACCAUCAUUGGCGAAGGAAAGAAAUCGAAGACCAUUACUCAGGCGCCAAAUGCCAAGGUUCCCGCGAAAAUUUCCUCCUUUGAUGACGACUUCAAGGCGAAGGCGGGUGACGACGUUACCCUACCGUGCCAUGCCGUCGGAACUCCGACGCCGGAAAUACAGUGGCGCAUCAAGGGCGCAGCAUUUGCUCCCACCGAACGACUUCGCCGAUUGCCCGAAGGGUCAUUGUUGAUUCAGCGCGUUUCUAGGGAUGAUGCUGGCGACUACACGUGCAUGGUGGAAAAUAUUUACGGACAAGACAAGAUCACUCACACGCUCGCUGUGCUUGCUCCUCCUGUCCCGCCGUCAGUCAUCGUGAAGUCUUCGACAACAGAUACAAUCACUCUCCAGAUCAAGGCUUAUGAAGACGAGUCGACGCCAAUCCAUGGAUUCAUCGUGCAUUUCAAGCCCGAAUUCGGAAAGUGGGACAGCGUUCAGCUGGCACACGAGACCACCAACUAUGUAUUGGAAAAAUUAUGGUGUGGUACCCACUAUGAAAUCUACGUCGAAGCCUUCAACGACAUUGGGAAAGGACGUCCGUCUGACAUCGUUCGAGGCAAAACGUUGGGCACACCUCCUGGCACUCCCGAAGCUCAUAAAUUUCUCGAAGUGACCACGAACAGUGUAACGUUGCACUUGGGAGCCUGGGAUGAUGGCGGAUGCCCAAUGCUCUACUACGUUGUGGAACACAAAGCAAAACAACAAAGUGAAUGGGUCAUGGUUAGUAACAACGUUCAGCCUGGAGGAAACUUCGUUGUCCUGGAUCUAGCGCCUGCCACAUGGUACCUUCUCAAGGUUGUGGCGCAUAACAACGCGGGCUCAUCAACUGCGGAAUAUGAAAUUGCUACUCUGACGGAGAAAGGAGGUACCAUUGCCCCUGCGAGAGAUCUCACGCCUAAAUCGUCGGAUGAGCUAGAAAUACCGAUAUAUAUGAACAUGACAGUGCUAGUAAGUGCAGGCGCUGUGAUCUUCGUAGUAAUUAUUGCUGUGGCUGUCGUCUGCUUCAUGAGGGGAAAGAAUAUGAGAAGCAAAGCAACGAUCGCUCCGGCCAAGCCGAGUGUCACAUCUGGGCCAAUUUGGUGGGUGCCGGAGUGGGUCGAUUUGAAUCUUGUCGUUCCCGUGGGUGCAACCCUUCUUGUCGUUUUCAUUGGCCUCAUGGUUAUCUGUUUCGCCAUGUCGAAACGAUCAAAGGGCCCCUCUCAAAUGAGGCUCGGAGAAGAACCCCAAUACAAUGGAUCCGUUCCGCCGACUACGUUGGAUAAGAGACACAGUCAGUAUCGCGACGAGCUCGGCUACAUUGCGCCGCCGAAUCGGAAACUUCCUCCAGUGCCAGGAAACACUUACAACACGUGCGACCGGAUGAAACGAGGUCGACCAGGGUCAGUGAAAGUUCCUCAGAUGAAUCCGAGUGCAGCGUAUAGCACGUGGGACCCGAGAAGACACUUCUACGAGGAAGUGAAUGAAUACGGACAAGCGGUCGGGCGGAAGGCACCGCCGCCGCCGCCGCACGGGGCGCUAAUUGAUCCUGAGACCGGGGGUGAGUUUGCUGCGACCGGACUUGUAUCCGCGGACGGAGCCGGGAUGUUUCUUCGUGCUGCUAUUCCUUCUGGGGAACACUCGAUUCCGAGUCCUACGAUUGACGAAGACAUUUGCCCGUACGCCACAUUCCAUCUGCUUGGUUUCCGCGAAGAGCACAUGGAUCCGAACCAGCAAGCCGCGUUGCAGCAGCAAUUCCAAACAAUGCCGCAUCCCCAACACAACGCUGGAAUGACGGGCCCACCUCCUGGAAUGAACGGCGCGGGUAUGCAGCACAACAGGCAGACGUCUCAGUCGAUGCCAAGACCACAGGCAGAUGGAAGGUACAUGAGGCUGCCGAACGGAAACGGACCUACGUAUGGACCAGAAUAUGAUGAUCCCGCAAACGUGGACUAUGAUGAGGCAACGUAUGAUGGCAGCUGCCAAGGAACUGGUUGCCAGCAUGGAACUGUCAAACGCGCUUUGCCUGGAGGAGGAUAUGAGACAAUGCCGCCACCGCCGCCGCCGAGGACUGAGUGCAGUGGACAGAUGCUCCCGAUGUGCGGACAGAUGCCACCGCAGAUGAUGCAGCCGAUGCAACCGAUGAACGGAACCUACACCUUGCCGCCGCCACCGCAGAACAUUGACAUGCCGCCACCACCGAUGACUCCGCAGCACGUCGCCAACGCCGGACAACAGCAGCAGGCCCCGCAGAAUCCGAAUCCGUGCAACAACCAGAACACGAAUGCAAACCCGAAUCCCAACCCGAGCCCGACGCCGACUAACAACUCCGGAGCUCUGAGUGCCAAGGAUGCUCGCACCACGGAGGAAAUGCGGAAGCUAUUGGAAAAGUAGGUUGACCAUCACGUCGCGAUAUCAAUAUCAUGGCAAGAUGUUAUCCAAUGAGAAACUUUUUUUUUCCCACGUUAAAUUAUUGUUUCUUAGUUUACCAGCCGAGAUUACC